AUUUCAAUAAUACCACAGUGAGACUUUUGAAUAAUCAAAUUUUGAUUGUAAUGCGAGUAAAGUUCGAUUAAUUGUUCUUAUUGUCGGUCUAAGGAGCGAAGCAUAAUGUUUCCGUCUUUCGCGUUAUGAAUAACGUAAUAACGCAAUAACGCGACCAGACACCGUGAAAAACACUGCAUACCACAGACGCACAUUUACUCUUGAUAUACACAUGAACUAGACCUGCAUCGUGAAACGCUAUCAUCUACAAUGUAAAGCGUUUAGCGCACUAAUAAAUACAAUUGGAUAAAUUAAGCUCGUAAACAUGGAUGUUUCGUUUUUAAAGAAAGAAUGUUUUAUUGGUACAUUCAUUUUAAUAUUGAUUUCAAUUACUAAUGUGUCGAGUGCAAACACCUCCGGAAGAUCAGGUUAUGAUAUGUCGCUGAAACAACGACAACGUAGAGCGCUAGAGCCACUCAACGUAGAACCUACGGUACACAUCUCGGGCAGGUCCCGCGCCGACUUGUGUGACCGGUCACUCUGCCCCUGGGAAACCGACUGGCACUACGACAGGGACCGCAUCCCUUCGAGGCUCCAGUACGCCGUGUGCACUACGAACAAGUGCAGUUACAGAAGCGUCUCCAUGGGGUCGCGCGCACGCCGGAAACUCGAACUGGAGACGGUGUGCGAGCAAAUCAAGACAGAGUACCGAGUGGUGGACGUUAACGGAACGGAAUACUGGUUGACGGAGUGGCCGAUAGCCUGUGUGUGCGCCACGAGGAGCCACGUGGACGUGAUCUUGCCCGGUCCCGGCAACGUUAGGGCGUCCGACACUGAGGGCUACCUGUCCUCCGUUCAAAAUGACGUCUCACCAAUGUUCGAGUUUCAAUUGGGAAGUCUCGAGCAAGCACGCCGCCACUCAACACACGUGCACGGACAGAGGAAAGAAAUCACAUUUGACGAAGUCAUGCGCAGAAGACGCCAAUACUAAAAAACUGCAACAUUUUUUUCUUAAAUGUGACUGAUUGCUAACAUUUAAAUGUAUACGUUCGUUUCGUGUUAGUCGUGCUCGGUUUUCUGACAGCCAGUCUUCACAAAGUCUCAAAGGAAAUACAUUAUUUGUAAUGUAUUGGACGAUGAUUUUCACUUAGUUUUACUAUGUUCAUUUUAUAAGCAAAUACAUUGAUCAAUAUCUUUUUCCAUCUUUUGGUGAACUACUUACGUCACAAAAGGCGGUAGAUAACAAUAUUCUGUCAGUAUGCUAUACUUUGCGAAUCAAGUACCAUACCUAUUAUCCUGAUGCCAGUAUGUGUGUGCUGCACAUUUUAUUAGUUGUGUUAAUAAAAUUUAACCUCUGAAUUAAUUAAUCAAGUUUAUAUGAGUCGCGUUCAAAGAAAACAGGACUUAAUGCAUGUGAGUAAAGUGUCAUCCCAGAUAAGCCUGUGCAGUCCGCACAGGCUAAUUCAUGGACGACACUUUCCUCCUAAAUUGGAUUUUUGCUGAGAAGAGACUUCAUUUAAACGAAAAAUGUCAUAAAAGCGGAAAGUGUCGUCCCUGAUUAGCAUGUGCGGACUGAGCAGGCUAAUCUGGGACGACACUUUACGCACAUGCAUUAUGCCCAGUUUUCUCAGAACGCGACUCGGUUAAUUAAGUUUUAAUAAUCAUGUUUUGAUUAUUGGUUUUGCAUAAAAGUAUUGCAUGAUAAAAAUGUCAGUGUAUUAUAACAUUGGUACAAUAAUGUCUUUUAUAAUACACUCUCACAUCUAUAACUAUUCAAUAUAAUACCUGUGUAUAACUACGUUAAUUAUAUAUUAGAAGAAUGAUUUCAUACGCCUUGGCAUCACUAAAAAUGGUUACGUAAAUGUAUGCUUAGAUACAUUUUAAAGAUGUAUUCAGAAUAAAUUAUCAACCGUCUCAAAGGCACUCGCAGAAAUUAAAUUGCUGGUUAAAUGAUAUCUUAUAAAGUAUAAAAUAUGUGUUCGCUGAAAGUGGAUG